CACACUCGCCCGAUGCAGAGGAUCUCCUCAUAGCCGUCAUCAUCUUUUUCGAAUGGCUCCUGACGCUUCUUUCCGCGCCAGGUCGCAACGUCUUAACCAUCGAGACCAUGUCGCGUCUGCAACAGUCAGACUGGUCGGUUAUCGCGCGGCUUACCAAUUACCACGUCGGCAACGACGCCAAUAUGCGCGCCUUAGGAGAGGUCUUUUUCUCGGCGUGGAAAAACGCGUUGCAGACACAUCACACGACGAAGAACUCGUUGGGACGACGCGAUAAGAGUCGGUUGCCAGCGCUACCGGAGGAUAUAGCUUUGCAGGGAUUCUCGCCUCUGGGGUCGCUGUUUGAGACCGUCAGGUUGCCGGCCUCGGAAACGACAUGUACAACCACAGUGCCCGGGGGUGAUCUCCGUACGCAUCGUGCAUCUCGCUUGUACGGGUUUGCUCUGCUGGCCUCAUCGCUGCCGAACACGGUGAUCCCCAUCGAGGCCGUCUCAGCCAGUACACGGCAGGCAGACGCUCUGCAGGCAGGCGGCAGGGUUGCCGACAGUAGUGAGUCAGACACAGUCAGUGACGACGGUAACCAUGGUAACGGCAGCCGCACUGGGAGUGUGAACCUGAGCCGUCGGUCGUCGGCCAGCUGCAAGAGUCUGCAGCAGGCGAAGGUCUCUUACGGCGCGUUUCUGUUGGAGAAUGGAGGUGGUAACGGCACGGGCAGUACUACUAACAACGGGAAUAGUACUGGCGGUGGUGGCAAUGCGUAUCCCGAGAUGACCCACAGCCACAGCGCAAGCAACAUCAGCAACACGACUGCCAGCACGGAGAGUGGGGCGAUCAAGGUGUUCAAGGCGUCCAGGGAGAUCAAUGGGUACAGGAAGGUGUGGCACCAGGGUGCUGGCGGAGGGGAGUGGCGGCGCGAGGGUGACUACGAGUUCCUGCGAGCCAAAGAGAGCAAGCGCGAGACACUCAUGAAGGCCAUGGGCAAGCAGCGGUUGCUGGCUGUGGUGGAUAGCCUGGAGCAGAAGGUCGGCCAUGCGGAGUCUAAUAGCAGAAUAGAGGGAGAACCGCAGAGUGGGCAGCCGUCGCAGGGGAAUAUCGGGAUGGAUACCGGGACAGGCGUGGGUAGUACUGGCCGUGGGCGAGGUGGUAAUAACGGGAAUGGUGGGGUCCUGAUGAGCGGUAGCGGGGUCAACGAUGGGGUCUCGGGCCUAGAAUAUCAGUAUACGCUGUACGUAGUGCCAGAUCUGCACGUAGUGCUGUACUCACGCAACCAUCUGAACGCUGUGAUAGGGCAGAAGCGGUUUAUUGUGGUCAUUGCGAGUGCCGUAGUGGCUGCGUUAGAUAUGCUGAAGACCUCGGAUAGGCAGGGGGAUUACAGGAAUAAUAGAGGCGGGAGGUUUGGUAUUGGGAUGGACGAUCAGGGUGGAGGUGGUGGGGGGUCUGGGAAUGGGCCUAAUUACGCCACAUCGGUACAGCCGAGCCACAAGGAGAUCAUGGCUGCCAGUCGCUGGAUUGAGAACAUGCAGCAGACCAAUGGCCAGCACUUUCAGGUGCAACCCCAGGCCAAUGCACGCCUAAGCAGCAAUGCGAUGGGGAAUAUGGGUGGUAAUAGUGGAGGUAGUAACAACGUGGGUGGGUAUAACGCGGAUACGCAGGACACUGUGGAGGAGAGGUGUUGGCGGGGCGUGGUGGCCUGCGCCAGAGAUCUGCUGAAGUCCCGGGCAGACAAGGUGGAGCACACACAGGCCAGUGGGUCUGAGUCCAUGUAUGCCAUUCUGCUGCUCAACCGAGGCCUUUCCUAUGACCCUACGACCGCAUUAGGCGUGCACGUGAGCCGCUCCGACGCGUUUGUGACCUCGGUGGCACCCGAAAUCAACCUCAAUGAUGUGCGCAAGCCACGUCACCGCCGGAAGUAACGUCGCGAAUGAGGAAACACAUAGGAUGACAUUGAAAUAGCGCGUACAUACGCGUCUGUAGGGGAAAGAGGCCUGUGCGACAACGCGUGUGUGGUGCUGUGCCCGUAUAGGCAUGCAUCUAAGAGCGUGCCGGUUAUUCUCCCGAGAGGUUGGGGUAGGUAGGGUAAUGUAUUCGUGAAGUCCUCCGAAGUGUCACCUAUGGUGCUGCUCAACCGCUGGCUCUGAAUAGGCACUUCUGCUGGAAUACCCCAUAGCGACUCUCCACGUCCUAUGCAUUAGACCUGAUGUGUUGUCUAUUGAGGUUCGAGAGGCCUGUAUUCUCGUUCGCGUGCGUGUGCUAGGUCGUAUUUGCGCCACUAAUAUCCAGGGUCAGUCGGAGCAUACCAACUGCCGCGCAAUUUCCUUGCCUGUUCGAGGGGACGGCUGAGAUGUGUUUUGUUCCCCAGUUAAUGUACGCAUGUGUGCCAAGUUGUGUGGCCGCCUACUGCUUGCUGAUGUUGAGGAUGGUAUAUCGUAUAUGAUCCUUGAACGUAUUUCGGACGACCCCGCUCUAUCGCGCACCCGCUGCAGUUUUCAGAAGAACGUUUUUUCUGGUGCACUACACUGAACUCUCGGCAUCAGCUACCCAGCAUUGUGCUUAGUCGCGAGUGACUUAUAUUGUGCUACAGUCGAAGUACGCCGGUAGUCCGCAGUGUUGUAUAGUACGAGCGCCGCUGAUGGAGCCUGAAAGUCGGAGUUUGGAUGUGCGUGUCACGGCUUUGUUCGCCGCACACCCCUCAGCUUCUGGACAGCCAAAGCCCAUCCUCAUGAUAUACGGAAUGUCACGUGCAUAGCCGAGCCCGACACAGGCACGCGAACGUCCCUGCCAAGGCUUUCGCGGGCGUAUCUUUGCACUCGAGUACCCGAGGAGUCGUAAGGGCUCUCCUCAUACGAGGCUAUAUGGACACUCCCAUACCUAGACAUAGUUGGUCAGCAUCGCUGUCUCGCGCGGUAAUAUCCAGUCAUCCAGCUAUAUACGCGAACACUCCAUAUUCGACGCAUAAUGGGAAUACGUAAAGUCGGGGGUGGACGUGACCAAGAGGCCUGGUGUCUGGAGUUCUGGCGUUGGAGCCCUAUACCCUACAACCGGCAUCCUGGAGAGAUGGUAUUGUAAGCCGCGAGGGAAAAGCCUCAGCAGUGAGCGGGCUAAACCCUAUCUAUACUAGUGCCUAUAAAUAACACAUCGUUGCGGAGAUCAAGUGCUAUAUCACGCACCUUGUGCCGAGCAACUCACUCGGCGGUUCAUGGGCGCCACUAUUUGGAUCGACAUCUGCGUUACCUUCUACCAACGCUAUGUUUUGUGGUCUCCUGAUGGUAUAGUCCAAUGGAUUUGGCAGCCGAUGUGAUGUUGCUACAGCUUUGGCGCAAUACGACAGGCUCGUGACCACUGCGCGACGAGCGUUGGGGGGGUGAGUAGUGAGCUGUGCUAUGACCGACCCGUUAAGUGACGGGGCCAUGUGAUGCGGAGAGGAUUCAGCAAUGAGUGUAUUCUUCAAAACUCGAAAACGGAGGCCACAGCCACGUGUCUGCGCCGAUCUGGGACUAUUGGGAUGGAGGCCACUUACUACCGAGAUGUGUGUUAAUCGAUUGGGGGUGCGUACUAGUGUGUCUUGGGCAGUGUCUCACGCCAUGGGCGAUGCAAUCAUCGAGGGAAAGUCUUAGGUUGUUGCUGUGUUAUAGGAACAACCUAGUCACAAUUAUGUGUAACAUGUUAUGUGCCGUGUAUGAAAAGAUAGCGUGACCGUCAGUUUAUGCCUGUAAUAGGCCCGAUAGGAGUAUCCUAUCUACCGAGGGCAGAUGGGAUGUGUACACCCGGAAAGUAAUAUGUAGUGAUAAUAAUCCGGCAUCGAAGUUCAAUCGUCAUAUAUACAACGUACACUGACUAAGCCAAGGUUAUUUAAACCCAGAUAUUAGUAUGAGAAGGUACUGAUUAUGCAUUUAAUGUUAAUCUAUCAGCCGCACUUCCGACUGCGUGGACGGUUGCAUGUGGAUCAUAUGCCUUGAUGAAUAAAAGUAACGAAUCCAC